AUGAGCACCGUCACUCACCAGCUGUUGCCAUCUGAUUCGUGUGCGCGCAGCGACGUGACAGAAGAGCAGCUCGUAGGACUUUUCAGCGAAGUUGGGCCGGUACAGGAAUUCGUUCUCAAGUUUGAUGCCACGACAGGCCGUCCGAAAGGGUUUGGCUUCUGUCACUACUUCGAUCAUGAGACCGCCCUCUCCGCAGUUCGUAACCUCAAGGACGUACAUAUCAGCGGCCGAUCCCUUCGAGUAGAACUGUCCACGGACGAACCCGGUCCCAAAAAGGCUGGAGCGCCGGGAGCAACGGGUGGAGGACCGGUCGUACCGCCUGGACCGCCUGGGAGACUUCCGGGAGGACCUGGAGGUUUUGCAGGUGCGCCCGUGCCGGGUCUUGGACAGGGACAGUUCGGAGCGCCCCCAGGACCUCCAGGGGGUGGAUUCGGGUUCGGCCGGGGCGGGCCUGGCGGUGCACCGGGGUUACCUCCCCCUACCCUGCCUCCUUCUGGACCUGGACCUGGACCCGGAACAGCGGCGCCGGGAGUGAACAUGAACAUGUUGCCACCCGGGCAGGAUUUGCCGAUGGGAGAGCGGGCGACGGAUGUGAUCUCGAAGACGUUGGCGUCUAUCCCGCCGGGCAAGCUGGAAGAAGUCUUGAUGGGCAUGAAGACAAUGGUCAAGGAGAACCCGGAAGGUGCAAAGGCUGUGUUCUUGCAACAUCCUCAAUUGGCGUAUGCGUUGUUCCAGGCGAUGUUGUUGAUGAACGCUGUUGAUCCCAAUGUACUGCAGCGUAUGAAGCCUGUACCGCCUACUCAAGCAGCUGCGCCAGCCCAACCUCCCUUUGUACCUCCUCCACAACCUUUCCAACCGGCUCCCACACCAUCAGGAAACUACGGAGCUGGAUACGGAAACACGCAAUCUCCCUAUUCGAACCCCGGUCCAUCGGUUCCCGGCCCCGGACCUCGACCUCCUCUGCCUAUGCAAUCUUACGGCGCUCCUCCUCCUCCUCAACAACAACCUCCUCAACAUCAACAGCAACAAGGGCCUCCUCAGGGUUACCCGGGACCUGGACCGAAUAAUCAGCAGAACAUGUACGGUCGGCCGGGUCCGCCUCCCCCACACGGAGCGGGGACACCCUUGGGCGGUGGAGGGUACGGCGGGCCUAUGGGGACGAACAGCCCGUAUGGCGCCGCUGGUCCAACUCCGGUCGCACCACCCCCUGCAGCCACGCCGCCCAUUAAUCCGGCCGUAACACAGGCUUUGUCCAUGGUCAGCGAGGACCAGAGGGCCAUGUUGCUUCAAGUGCUCUCGUUGACAACGGAGCAGAUCAACGCAUUACCAGCAGACCAGAAGGAUGGACGGUCACAAUUCGGAAUGUAA